AUGGUGAACUUUGUUGCUUUACAGCAGCCGUUGAUUAUCGCGUUGAUGAAAAUGGCCGGAGUCCAAACCCAUACCGUCGAAAUUGAACCUGGAACACUCAUGAAUUUCUGGGUCCCAAAUGAAACCCUUCAAAAACCCAACAAAAAAUCAAACACCACAACCACCACCACAAUCGAUCCCAAACCAGAUAAGCCUGUCGUGGUGUUAGUCCAUGGCUUCGCCGCCGAGGGAAUUGCUACGUGGCAGUUCCAAAUUGGGGCUCUCACGAAGAAAUACUCUGUAUACGUGCCGGAUCUCCUCUUCUUCGGCGGGUCAAUCUCCGACAACCCCGAUCGGUCUCCUAGGUUUCAGGCGGAGUGUUUGGUUAAAGGGCUGAGAAAGCUGGGAGUACGGCGGUGUGUGGUGGUGGGGUUCAGUUAUGGUGGGAUGGUGGCGUUUAAAAUGGCGGAGUUGUACCCUGAAAUGGUUCGAGCCAUGGUGGUUUCGGGUUCGAUACUUGCUAUGACUGAUUCGAUCAGUGAUUCGACAAUGAAAGAAUUAGGGUUUUCGUCGUCGUCGGAGCUUUUGUUGCCGGAUUCCGUCAAGGGUUUGAAGGCGCUUUUGUCUGUUGCCACCCAUAAGAAGCUCUGGUUUCCUGAUCGGCUCCAUAAGGAUUACCUCGAGGUAAUGUUUAACAACAGAAAAGAAAGAGGCGAGUUACUAGAGGGAUUGAUCAUUAGCAACAAAGACGAUACCAUCCCACAGUUCUCACAGAGAAUACAUCUUUUGUGGGGCGAGAAUGAUCAAAUAUUCAAGAUGGAGCUCGCUCAGAACAUGAAAUGGCAACUGGGAGAGAAGGCAACGGUUGAAGGGAUUAAAAACGCGGGUCAUCUUGUUCACAUUGAACGACCGUGCGUCUAUAGCCGGUGUCUCAAGAAAUUUCUUUCCUCGCUACCGGCUGAUGAACCACAAAAGUAACCAAUCUAACGGUUAUAAUAAGUUUCGCGGUUUUUUUGUUUUUGGGUUUGUUUUAAAUCGUUUAUAUUAUAUCUUAUGAUGUUAAUUGAUUAUUUCUUUGAGUGUAAACUCUUGUAUGAUUAUGUUGUGAACAAAUGUGAAAUAAAGUGAAGGGCUCUUUGAAUUGUGA